AUGGCAUCAAGGCAAUCACAGAGAAGAUUGAGCAAAGAGUACAAGUCGAUCCAGGCAACUCCGCCUCCUUACAUUAUGGCCAAGCCUAACGACGAAAACAUUUUGGAGUGGCACUAUAUUAUAACUGGUCCCAAGAAUACCGUUUAUGAGGAAGGACAGUAUCAUGGUAUAUUGCGGUUCCCCGUUGAGUAUCCAUUUAAGCCCCCUUCAAUCUCGAUGAUUACCCCCAAUGGUCGAUUUCAAACAAAUACAAGAUUAUGUCUCUCGAUGAGUGAUUAUCAUCCAGACACUUGGAAUCCGGCAUGGAGUGUAGCCACGAUUCUUACGGGGCUUUUGAGCUUUAUGACUGGAAAUGAAAGCACGACGGGGUCCAUUAAUACUCUGGAGAAUGUCAAGAGAAAAUUAGCAAGAGAAAGUUUGAAAUGGAACACAAAGGAGAAUCCGAGGUUUGUUAGGCAGUUUCCCGAUGUUGUUAAGCUGAAUAAAGAAGAGUUGAUUAGACGCGCAGAAAAAGAAGAGGAGGAAAUUAGAAGGCGAAAGCGUUUGGAGGCGGAAGCUGGGAAUGGAGAGAAUGGAGAUGGUGCACAGAAUGGAGGAAAAGAGAAGCCCUUAGAUUUUAAGGAUUUGGACAAAUUGGACCCCGAAGAUCGUGCAAGGAUUUUGGUUGAACAUGAGCGAAAAAUGGCAUUAAAUGAACGGAAUGCUGCUAAAAAUGGUGGUGCCGGAGGUUUAGGUUUGUUGAAGAAUUUAUUGAGUGGUGGAGGAGUCACUGCGUUGGCUGGUGUCGUUGUUGCUGCUUUUCUAGCUGCUUAUUUCAGUAUUUUGAAGAGAGGCUGA